AUGAGCCAAGAAUUAAGGCAGCAAAGCAAGAAUAAGAAUUGUCUUUUUGAAUUAUUCAGAAAACACGUCAAAUCAGGAAACUUAAAAAGAUUCAAAAAUUUAUUGGAAAUCCACGAGAUAAGCCCAACAGAAAUACGAACAAAUUCAAAUACGACACUCCUUCAUAUUGCUGCACUCUACAAUAAACCAAAAAUUGCCACUUUUCUUAUGAGCAGUGGACUGUCCAUGCACGAGCAGAACAGUAAAAAUUACUGCCCAUACUUCCUGGCAGUUCUGCAUAACAGCAAGAGGGUCAUGGAGUGUAUGGAGAGAUGAAAUAAUAA